AUGAGCUACAAAGGAGGCAAAGGCGGAUGGAGCGAGCAGGGGUCCAAGGGGCACAAGGGCCAGAAAGGGAAGCCACAGAAUCCGACUGGCGGCUACGAUGCGCUGAAAGGUCAGAAGGGAAAGUCGGACAACAGGACUUCAGGAGGCAAAGGGCCGGUCGUAGAUCACCUACUCGUCCCCAUCCCGUGCACCGAUGCUUCGAAGGUUCACGAGGUGCUGUGGUCAGGUGACGAUGAGGGCGGCAGCGAGGAGGGAGUCCGUGCUUUCAAUCACAACCACAUCCUGGGUGGGGUGGGAGAGCUCUACUUUGAGGUGUCCGGGCAGUGCCGCAUUCAGCUGGCCGUGCCAGCAUCAACAAAGAUGUCCUGUGAGGACUACAGGAAGUUCCAUGUGCCCACCACUGUUGCGGGGCGUUCUUUUAAAUCCGUGAAUGAUCUGCAGAAGGAGAUUGUGCACAUACGGGAUAGGUCCGAUGGAAAGCUGGAUGCGGCUCAGGAAGAGCUGAUGGUAGCAGUCUUCGAGUAUCACCCAGAAGCUCAGCGAAAACUGAAGGGCAUGCAGUUCAUCGCAGUUGGUCCGAACUCCAAGUCAAACGACCCACGCGACCGCAGCUUCUACAUCAUGACCAGCGAGAAGGAUGGCGAUGAUAUCAGCUACAUGAAAUGCUUGAGGCGAUUGAGUGAGCUGGCAUCGCAGCAAGCUGCAGGAGAGCAUGUGAUUCCUCUGGCAACAGUGACCGCUAAGUACGAGGGCCUGGCUAUCCAGAUGGGCUCAAGCGAUAUCCUGGUGGAACCUGGGGCUUUGACAGUCUUCGGCGUGAGGGUGGAGCUGAGCCGCAAGUUGCUGUCCUUACACACGCAGACGAGAGUCUAUGGUCCCUGGGAGUUGAAUCAUGCCAGCGAUGACAGAUUGUACGUUGUGGCAGACAUGUUUCGUGACGAUGUGACGGCCUUUUGGAAGGCUCCAUUCCAAGUCCUGCGUGGCAACGUGCAAGCGCAGCCGCAGGAUGUGAGCGCUUCUGCAGAGCCCUCACUCAGGCUUUGCUUGGAUACCCUCGCUCAACAGGCCGGAGUGUCUGGUGUCUUCACCACAUCCUCGGAUGAGGAGCUAGAACAUGCGGCUGGGCAGGCAGUGGUGAAGGCUUUGUCAGCCUCAGCCCAGGUGGUGCGUUCCAGGGCGGGGGCUUCUGCACAGAUUCAGAGCCUGCACACUAUGGCAAAGCACCAGGCUUAUGAGCUACUGCAGGAAGCUCUGCAUCAUUCGCAGACGAAGCUUCGCAAAGCAGAGGGUGAACGAGAGUUAGCCCAGCUGUCAAUCAAGGAACUGCAAGAUGAGUUGGCUAAACUCAGGCCUCUCAUCUUCCCGCCUGAGGCACCACCACCCGCAGAGCAAGGAACACAGGACCCAAACCAUGAGGCCGAAUGUCCCAAAGGCAGUCCCGUGAGAAGCCAUGGAGAUUCUGCCAAUAUUGCAGACAUCGAAGCGUUGAGCAAGCAGCUCAGAGAACACCUUCCAGAGCCCGCUGCAACGAUGCUGCGGAAUUCCUUGAGCCUGAUGUCUAGUGAGCUUUAUUCCGGACCUUCCCGGGCCCUCUGGGAAUUAUUGCAAAAUGCGGAUGACUGCAAAUAUGAGGAUGCCCCGCACAUCAGGAUAGUUGAGCGUUCCAAGUACCUCUGGCUCCAGUACAACGAAACUGGCUUCAAUUUCGAAGAUGUUAAGGCACUGUGCAGCCUCGGCAUGUCCAUGAAAGGGUUUUUCUUCGAUGACGAGUCUGACUGCAUCUUGCCGCACGUGACGCCGCAAGUGCUUCCGUCAGACAGCUCCUUUCCAGAAGAGUUGCCAUCAAGCGGCACUGCCAUCUACCUCCCUUUGCGCAAGCCGGUGCCUGAUCUGCUCAAGGAAGUGGUGCCCUCGACACUACUAUUUUUGCACCAGCUGCGGUCCCUUUCGCUGGAAAGUGGCGGGCAGAUGCGCAUUUAUCAGCGGCGAGGGGGGGACAAAGGACCAGUUGAAGUGAUGGAAUCGUCAGAACCUGUGCAGAAGCAUGAGUACCACGUGGCACGCAACUUGGACAGUACCAUUGCUGUAGCUUUUCCUUUGAACAGCCAUUUGGAUGCGGCGCAGAUUUCAACAACACUUCCUCUGUGUGGUUUGCCUGGGCUGAAGACACCAUUGGACGCACCCUUUGAGCUGACAGCGAAUCGCGAAGCGCUGCUGGAGGGCAGCGCGAAGAAUGCUGCAUUACGGGACGGCUUGGCUCAGCUUUGGCUGGAGGCCGUGGAGGCUGCGCAGGAGGGCUCAGCUCUGGCUGCCAGGGCCUGGAUUCUCCAACCGAAGCCCGAGCUGGCACAGCUGCCGUUUUGGGCGCCCUUUCUUCAUCGGGUGCGUUCUGGGCUUCAGGAGAUCUCUUUGGUGCCAGUGAUUGGAGGUAGUGGCAGCAACCACCGCUUGCCGGUAACUCGCUGCCGCAAAGCAGAUUCGCGUCUUCUGAGAGAACUCUCCCUUGGACCUGAUGAGCUGCAGCUGUUGGGUCUGGGUAUCCCAAUGCCGGAGUACUUGAGCCAGCUUCCCGAAGGCUCUGAACUCGGCCUUCGUGAGUUCGGGAUCAGCGACUUGCUGCAGCUGCUGCAACUUGGGGCCAAGGGCAACGAAUGGAGAAAGAGAGUGGUACACGAAUUGGCACUGCAGAAGCAUGCUAUCGAUCCCAUUCUGCUUCGGAAAGUCCCACUUUUUCCCUUGACCGAUGAGGAUGGGGAUGGGGCUGGAGCCUCUGCUUGUCUUUGGGCGGCCUGCGAGGAUGGACACAUCUUUCUAUCCCUGCCUGCGGGUGCACCUCGAGACCUACUCAGGGUGCUGGACAAGGUGUACAGCUGCCGGGAGGACUCGGAGCUCCUGAAUCUCCUUGGAUGUGGCUGGAAAGCCCACCCGCGGGACGUUGCCUAUGCCAUCGUCCAGCAGAACCUAGGCUUGUCAACCACCGAGGAUACACGCUUCUCCUGGUCUAAGCUGGCAUACUUGGGCCGGCAUUGGGACGAAAUCCUCCAAACAAGCUCUGCCACGGAGAAGUGGUUGUCUGAGCAGACUGCAUCAGAAAUGGAGGCCCUGCUACAAGCUGUUCUGGUGCCAUCGCGCGGGGGUGGGGGCCGACUUCUUUGUGACGCGAGAGAGUUACACUGUCCUUUUUUGCUGGGUUGCAAGCCCUCGAGGGGCUUGUCCGAUCUUGCAGAGCCCGGUCAUGUUCUUCUGGACCCACCUGAGGCCAAAGGCGUGAGAGAGAGGUUGUGGUGGGAACUCGUCUUUUUGCGCUUGGGGGCGCGCCCAUUUGUUGCCACCGUGCAACUUCCAAAGGGGCUGUUUGCGCUGCCCCCCAUUGCAAAAGACCUGGGUGUGCUGUUAGACUUCUACACCAAGUCAGGAAUUGAUCUUAAGGAUCUUCGUGGUCGAUGCGAAAUAGAAGAUCGUUCGGGCCACUCCCGCCGUGUGGGCAGCGAUCCGGAGAGCAUGAAGUGGUCGCAGCGUUUGCUUGGUCCCAAGCUCUUGUCGCAGCUGUUCUUGCUCCCACCUGCUCUGCGCCUGGGCCCUUGUCAGGAAGAAGUGCUGCUGGCCCUCCUGGGUCGGGCUGCACAGCAAGGUGCCCAACAUCUCCUGAAAACGUAUGAUUUCCUGGCAGCUGGGUGGAAGAACGGCGAUCUUGUGGAUUGUGAGGAGCUUCGAGAACUGCGAGAAGGAGGCAUUUGGAUUUUAGCUGAAGCUGGGCAGAUCGUUCGCACGCUUCCCGCACAUGUCGGCCGGGAAGAUGUGAAGCGGAUGUGCAGCGGAGGGGAGGCGGAAGAGGGCUUUUUUGCUGGUGCUCUUGGCGUCGUGCUUGAUCCUCAGCUUGACCCUGGCGCCGCACGUGAGACACGCAACAGUCCGACUAAUCCUGGGAAACCAGCAAAGACUGGUAAGGCAAACAAGAUGGAAGGGCGAGACAAAAAACCUGCGCAGCUAGGCCAGGACAAGCUCGACAGCUCAAUGCCAGCAUCUGCACAGCCAGACAGUGAGAAUCGAGGAAAGUCGGGCACGAAGCUGCCACCGCUUCCAGUAUUGCGUGACGGCAUUGAUGCGGAGGUGGAAGAGACAGGAGCAGCAGGUUCAGUGGCUCACGUGCCCUUCCGCCCAUUCCUAGAUUCGCUGCCGCUGCUUAGCAAGCUCCUCUCGGACAUUUUCAAGGAAGGCAGUGGAGAGGAAAAGUUGUUUGGUGGAAAGGUGCCAGCCCACGUAGAGUUGCCAGUGGCCCAAAUCAAAUUCACGCAGACUUCCGUUGCGUCAAAGUUUAUCCAUGGCCGUUUCAAGGGCCGUAGAGUUGAGGCUGUUGCCAAAGACUUGAAAAACGGCAAGCUGAAACCUUCGGAUUUGCCUUUGGCCGUGGUGAGGUUGAACUCCUCGUACUGGACGUUGAAUAAUCGGACCUUAUAUGUCCUGAACCACGCUGAGCGCCAAAGGGCAGCCCCACUCUUUGCAUCAGUGGCCGAGUUCGACUUGUGCCCAAUCACAGCCAAGUUUCUGCAGCUUCGCUACGGCUCAUUGCUAAGAGAUGAUGCGAAAAGCAUCAUCAAGAGGCAAGCCCUUGACGAGUGGGUUAAGGAAGAAGAUCCUGAACCAGCCAAUGAAGAUGCAGAUGACCAACCUGUCUUCGAUUCAGGAGAUGAAGAACUGUUGGCGAAAGGGAUGGGUACGGCAAGCUGA